ACUGCACCGCACACAGCACAUGCCUAACCUAAAUCUCAUGUUGUGAGUUGUGACAACAACUAAUUUAUUUCUUACUAGCUCAACGAGACGUAACAUAGGUAUAGAAAACAAUACAAAUACAAAUAAAAAUCGUCUACCAGUUUUGAAAUAACUGAACAUUAUGAAAGUAAGCACAGAGCCUGUAUCAGCGUUUGCAAUAUAUUCAGAAAAGCUAAAGCAAAAGAAGAAGAAGUCUAAACCUCUGUUAUCAAAUGGUGUAAAUAAGGUGACCAAAGCCAAAGUAGGUCUAUCAAAUGGAGUAGCUAAAGUUAAAAAAUCUCAAGUUUCGACCUUACUUAAGAAACAAAAAAAUAGCAAUGAUAACGAGUCAUGGCAAAUGAAAGAAAUAGGUUAUAUACUUAAAACUUUGGCUGAAAGAUCAACAGAAACUAGUAGUCCUAGAGCUGCUGCUUUGUUGGAUAGUAUUAAUGAAGCAAAUGAAAAAUUGGAACAUGACGACAACAAUUAUCUUGAAGACACAUUACAUAAUGUUAUUAUGAUCGAGAACCUUAAAGAUACGGUCAAAAACUUGAAAAGGAAGAAAACUAAUAAGUUUACGCCAGGAAAGUCAGCUGACAGUUGCAGUACUAAAGGUCCGGGAACUUCCAAAGAUACAGAUUCACUAGAGGACUUAAAACCCCUUGUAUUAAAAACCACCACUUCCCCAACUAAUAAGGAAGAAUCAAGUGCAAGCCGUUCUAAGAGUUUGAAAAAGCUAAAAACAGCAACAAAAGAACAAGGUCAUUCUACUAUGACGCUAGAUUCAAAAUCACAGAAUUUAGACCCAAAGAAAAAGCAGCCAAAAGUACCCAAAGAGACAAAACUGAAUAAGAAAAAUAUUAAAAAGGUUGGAAUGAAAUCAGAUAAUAAUUCAAAAGGUAAAUCUCAGAAACAUUUGGAAAAUAGUGACACAACUGCAAGACUACUUUUCGAGUGGCUUACUGCACCUGUGCUGGAGAAAGAUUUCAUGCGUGACUAUUGGGAGAAAAAACCACUUCUUAUACAAAGAGAGGGGCACAGGCACUACUUUUCUGAGUUGUUGAGUACUGAAAUAAUAGAUACGAUGUUGAGAGAGAACAAUGUAUGUUUCACCAAACACUUGGACGUUACUUCAUACACCGAUGGUGUACGAGAGACCCAUAACCUAACAGGCAGAGCACAGGCAAAUGUCGUUUGGGACUUUUACUCUAAUGGAUGCAGUGUCAGGCUUUUAAACCCACAAAUUUUUCUGCCAAAAAUCCACACCUUGAACGCAACACUUCAGGAGUAUUUUGGCUGCUUUGUUGGUGCUAACGUGUAUCUGACCCCACCUAACUCUCAGGGGUUCGCUCCCCACUAUGACGACAUCGAAGCUUUCGUCCUGCAGAUAGAGGGAAAGAAGCGUUGGAAAAUUUACACUCCCAGGAAUGAAGCUGAAGUACUGCCAAGAUUCUCCAGUCCUAACUUUACCCAGGAGGAAGUUGGAGAUUCAUUCUUGGACGUGACUCUUGAGCCUGGGGAUCUGCUGUACUUCCCCCGAGGAUUCAUCCACCAAGCCUCUACACCAGUGGAAGGACACCACUCGCUACACAUAACACUGUCAGCUUACCAGAAGACUGCCUGGGUCGACUUACUGGAGAAGGCUUUGCCAUUGGCCCUCAAGAAGGCGGCUGAGAAUGAUGUAGAGUUCCGACGAGGGCUGCCACGGGACUACCUCGGUCUGGAGCACCAUGGUAGUGUCCGGGAGAAGCAGACGUUUGUAUCUACGGCUCACUCACUGAUGGAGAAGCUCAGUCACUACCUGCAGCUCAGUUUGGGUGCUGGGGUGGAUCUGAUGGGAGCUCAGUUUAUGCACGACGCACUUCCUCCUGUAUUUACUCCGGAGGAAAAACUAACUUCAAGUGUUGGCGGCGGACUGAAGAUGAAAAACGGGAAGUUAAAAGGCAGAGUUGAAUUUCAGAUGGAAACCUGUGUGAAGUUGAUAAGACACAACAUUUGCAGGAUGGUCGAGGAGGAGGGUGAGGUGAGACUAUACCAUUGUCUGUACAACUCACUGGAGUAUCAUGGAGAAGAUCCUCAGUUCCUGCUGAUGCCUGCUGAGGGUAUCCCAGUCAUCACACAUCUCCAGGCCAAGUAUCCUGGAUACACCUCACUCCGGGACAUACCCCAUCAGGACCCAGAGGAUCUGAUCACACUGAUAUCUGACCUUUGGGAUGCAGGUUUGCUGUCUGCAAAAAAUCUUCCAGUCGUGGAAGAAAAUUGAUCAUCGUUCUUAAAACGUUUCCUGUACGUUUGCAUCAAAGGCAGUCUGAACGCACAAGUCCCAAUUCUUUUAAACGCUGCUAAAUGAAAUCAGAAAGAGGAAACUAAUGUAAGAUGAAGUCAAUUACUUAAACCUGUGGAUGGAUUUAGUUUUAUUGCUUAAUAUUGAUAAGAAUAAGUAAUGUAUUUGAUUUGACCAAUUUGACCUUAAUGUUUUUAUAUCUCAUCACACAUUUUUUUUACAAUAUUGACCAAACAAUUAUUUAUGUAAUUUUUCAUACUUCAAGUACCUCUACUAAAGAGUAUAGUUUAUUCAUUUCAGCUCAGAUAUUGUCCCCAACAAAUGCUUGUAAAUAAUUUGUAAUUUAUAGUCUAAAAGGAUGGUUUAAAUUUUGUUUUGCAGCCUUUACUGACCAACUGUAUUCAUUCAAACAAAUGGUUUUGUUGAUGUUACUUUUGUAUAGCCUAAUAUUAUUUCAUUUCUAUUAAUGUAUAAAGUAUAUAGUGUUGGUAUUUUACAAAAA